CCGCCUUGUUCCGCCUGAUGCAUGGACGGCGGCGACAACGUUUGCCUCCUUCUUAUUUCACAUGAUGCUGCCGAUUGUAGCAAGCGCAGAAAACUCUACGUGGACAUGUGCGCCCUGUUGUGAAAACAAUCCACUUUCGCCCGCGUUGGCAUGCUGCAGCCAACCGAGUGACAACAGUGUCUCGUACGGCGGAUGCAUCGGCCUUCCAUGCUGUACCCCAGGACGGCUGGACUCGGACAAGUUCAUGUCAUUGUACCUUUGGAAGCCUUGCCUCCCAUACGUGGGGUGCCAGGGAAAGGACCUGUGCAGCGAAAACCAGAGCAUCGCAAUGACCGUGCAGCGCCUAGACACACGGUCGUCAUGGACUUGUACAGAGGCAUGUUGUAGUACCGUGACGAGGCACAACACGUGGCGAAGGACCGCCCCCUCUGGAUCGACAGCUCCUGCGUACCUUCCAAACCAGAUCAACUCGCAUGUUGCCAUUACAUUCGACAUGCAAGAAAUCAAGCGGGUCUUGUUUGUCAACGACGAGCCGAUCACGACGUCUGUCCAGCAGGUGCUUGUUCCGCUGCCGACGGACUGGUUGUGGAACGGCAAGUACUCGUCGUGCGGCGUUUCUUCCUAUGCAGUCUCAGAGACCGCCGUCAACAUGGACCUUAGUCGCAUGUCUCCAACGCGAUGCAACGCUACGGUCAUGUCCAACGAGCUGUACCUUCUCGUCGACGCCAACACGCCGUCGGCCCUGAACACGUCGCACUUUUCGAUCCACCUGGUGAACCUCACGAGUCCGCGCGGCGUGCUCUCUCCACUCGCGCCGCCCAAGCCUUUGCACUUUAUCACAAAGCUACCAAACUUCGAGUUUCGCGUAUUCUCGACGGUGCUCCUGGUCGAGGCGUCCCAGACUGGCAUUCUCUCCCAAGGUGUGUUUGCCCCCCAGAACGUCCUGUCUCAAGCGGUCGACAACGCAACCCUUCGCUUCACGACGUCGGUGCCAUUGGCCGCAGGCACGUUCUUGCGCGUCAAUUUUAGCCUGAGCGGGUUCAACUUUAUCGAUUCCCAGUGGUUCCUCCUCAACGGCACGACGACCGUCUCCAUCCCUACCGUCUCGUAUGACGACAAGGGCAAGGUGUGGGUCCUCACCUUGCCCAAUGCCAUCACGGCGUUGUCGGCCGUCGAACUCAAAGUUACCCGCGCACGCAAUCCUGAGGCCGCGUUCAAGGACACGUUUGCUGCGAUCAACGUGGACGCGUUCGUCUUGCCGAGCGACCAGCCGCCGACUUCGGUCCUGGUGGUUGCCCAAGGCGCGGUGACGGCGACGCUCGUCCGAGAUUUCACCGUAUCGCCGCCAUCGAGUCCGUACAACUGGAUCUCGCUCGUCCUGCUCCUGCUUAGCCUCCUCUUUUGCCUCCUCAUGUUGUACAAGCAUGGGCUGUUUCUGCAUCCGUCGCACCCGAUCGCGCUCUUCAGCGACCUCACCGCGAUCGCGUCCGUGCUCGGGCUCUUCCUCGGCGUCGUCAACAACGCGCUGUGGAUCGCUGGCGUAAACGUGUUUGUGUUUUUUUACAUCAAGUGCGGCGUGUCGAGCGUGGCGUUCACGAUGCUCCUGUCCGUAUGCGCACACUGGGGCGCCGUACUCAGUCGGCGCAUUCGGAAGCUCCCGAUUUUCGUCAUCGUGUCGGCGUUUGUGGCGCUGAAUGCGCUCUUUUACACGUUUCAACUCGUCGUCGGGGCCCUCCACCACGACGUCGUGAAACUAGUGUACACUGCCGAGCAAUCCGUCAACAUGCUCGACCCAAUCUACCCCUGCAAGAACGGCCCGACCUUCCAGUUUGUCUUUUCCGACAUUCAACCUUUCUACACCAAGUGCUACAUCGCGCACCUUGACCUGUCGGAUGUCCACUUCUUCACGUGGUUCUCCAACACAACGUACUCGAUCUUUGCCUUGCUCACAUGUGCCAUACUGGCCCUCGGGUACAUGGUCAUGCGUCGUGGCUCCAAGAUCCUGCACCUCAUUUCGUACUCGCCGCAGCAGAUUUACCUCAUGAAAGCGCUGCGCCUGUACACGGCUCUCAUUGCGCUCGUCACGUUGACGUAUCUCGUCGCGUUCUCGAUGCAGUUUGUCCAAGUCGAAUUGCCGUACUAUUGGUGGUACCUCACAACGGUGUGGCUCCCCCAGUGUAUUCCGCCCUGCUCGUUCAUCUUUUUGCAGUGGAACUCGGCGACCAAGUCGCUGAGAAAGGAAACGUCGUCACAAAAUAACUCCAGUGGUGAAAUCACCGCCAAGAAGACGUCGAUUUCGACGCCCCGGAUCACGACGAUGGACCCGAAUUUCGUUCAAACAAAGGCAUCAGGCAAUCCGCAGCAUCUGCCGUCGACAGAAUCGUCUCGACCAGGCGCGCCCACCUACGAUGGUGUUGCCCGCAUGUCGAUUGCAGAGCAGCAGCCUGCCGUUUCUCGAAUUGGGCUCAGCCUUCGUCUGACCAUACCGGAAGCAAUCCCCCAUGGCUGCUACGUCGCCAUGGAGCUCCAGUGCCCAGACCAUUCCAAGUGGACUCGCGUUGGCACCACUGACACUGCCGACACCGUGCCAUCCUCCGACGCGACUUCGUACGUCGUGCCGUUUCUCGCUGUCUUGUCUGUGUCCAUGGCGUCUCCCGCCACCAGUUCAGUUCGAUUUUUGGUGUUUGCAGCACCCGGUGCAUUGUCAUCGCGAUCGAGUGAUUCGAAAGCACCAUCUUCCAACGAUGGCUCCAUGCUCAAUGAUCAGAACGGGAUCGUGGAUGGCCUGGAAUACCUGGACGGAGACUGUAGCGACUCGGACUGCGACGCAGACGGCGAUGACGAUCCAUUGAUGCAACUUCUGCUACCCACAGAUCGAUGCGUCGCUUCAUUUCACGCCCCCGACUUUUUCGACUCGGCCAUGGACGUGGACGCGAUGGUGCUGGCUGCAGAUCAUUCGCGCUUCCAACUCAACGGGCUGUGUCGGCUCGAGGUGAAGUUUGUUCAUGACAUCGGACGUCGUAGCCUCUGUCCAAUUCCAAGUGACGCUGUCGUGACAUCGCAGUAUCAUUUGCACGACCAGCAAGUUCUCGUGGUGGAGGAGCUGUCGGAGAGCCCGUAUGCCAACUCCAUCCCUGGCCAGUACUUGGACAUUAUCAUUGCCCGACGGACGAAAGCAUACUACCAAGCGGAGUACGAACUGGACCAGUUUCUCGCGAUGGAACACGCUCGCAUGCACCAAGAUGCCGCCGGCAUGGGCACGCUGUACGAGAACCUGCUCGAACAGAUCCAAGGCGAGGCCGAUCGCCGGCAAUGCCGCGAAUGGCUACAAGCACGUGUCGAUGAGCGCAAAGCGUAUUUGUGCCACCUGCGCCAGUGCCGCAUGGCCACGUGGGCGCGAGAACGGACUACUUUGUCCGGUCCCUGUCGAUUCAAGCCGAGCACGGCGAAAAGAGUGGCCGACCUCGCGUGCAUCCCUGUGAAUCUACAUCUCCACGAAAUGCACGUCGUCAGGACGACAUCGACGUCCUCAACGCGUCCCCGUUCUUCAUCUGCCGACGGGACGACCACGUACAGCACGACCACCGUCGGAGCGUUUGCAGCGCACUUGUAUGAGUUCAAACAAGGCGGAGUGUUUUCGCUGAGCCAGGAAGCAAACAAGUGCACGGCCCUUCCCGACGCUGACGCCGAAACGUCGUUGUUUCCGACGACAUGGCAGUACCUAUCUCAAGUCGAGCGUCGCCGGUGCGACCUUGAAUGGACCAUCCACACUCGCCUCGACGUGUGUGUGCCGCAAGCGUUGGCUACUCUCGCAACGUCCUUCACUGCCACGAUCCAACGCCUUGUCGACCACCCGCUCGAGUUUGAAAGGCUCCUCACGGUCGGGUUUAUCUUCCACGUCGAAUCGCUUCUCAGCACGUACGGCGCCGAGCUCGGGAUGCUGGAAGACAUGAUGGAAGCGAUGCAAACGCUUGGACGAUGCCGCAUCCUCCUCGUGCCAGACUCAGCAGUCGCAGCUGUCGGUAGGCCAAGUUGUAGUAGCAGCACCAACCGCAGUCGCGACGGCGACCUCGACAAGCGCGUUGUGACGAGUGUCGACUUGUACACGAAUGUGGACGAUGCUAUUGUCGGCAUGCGGACGCAUGACCACGCCAAGUCGGACGAGGAGGUACGUACUGCCUGCAGCUCCAAUGGAUGGCCACGAUGGAAAGAUGGAAUGCAGUGGAUUCCCACGCUUGACAAAUCAAAUAGGACUUUAUCCUUCGGGUGGUUGUGCGCAGCCGUGGCAAGGUGCUCUUCCCGAAACGGUGCUUGGUUCCAAUCCAUCCCCUGCUUUUCAACAUCGGGAUCGAUGAAAAACAGUCUCUCGCCAACAUGUCCCUGGCUGUGUACCCGAAGAAGCUCCAGGACCACAUCAACGACACGGCCCUCCAGCGGCUCAAAUCGAUCGUAGCGACGUACUGCGAGCUCGUCCCGCACGACGCCGUCGUCCCCCGGUUGCUGCAAAAUCUCGUGGACGCCGUGCAUGCGAGCACUGCCGGGAGAAAGAAGCACCCGGCCGUGCUCCAGCUGAGCUCUCGACUCGUACGGCACUUGGACGGGGGCCGAGUCACUGUGUGCAAGAGCGGAAAAGAUCGCACAGCCAUGUCGGCUACGUUGGAGCAAGGGAUGACGCUCAGUUUGCACCACGACUUGCCGCUGGACAAGGUGCCAGACGUGGUCGCGAUCAUGCGCACGCGCGGCGUCCGACUUGAAAACUGCCACAAGAACACUGGGCGGCGCAAGUUUGCCUUUAGUGCGCUGCAGUGCACGAUGCUGCCAGAGCAGUAUCGGUGCCCCCCCGAGACGGGCGGACGCCAUUUGUCGUAAGGGAUGCCGCCCGAUCGAUGGAAUCAUGUUGUGAGAAAGCGAGGUUGAUCAUGGGAAGGCUGCCAGGUCGCGCACUGCAUGGGCUGUGAUGCUCCAUAUUUAACGUUCAAGUAUAUUUAUUCCAACGUCUCCG